AUGGAUGAAUUCCCUCCUGAGUAUGUGAAUGCGAGCAAUGCGGGCCGGAUCGUAGGCGUCGUUGGCGUUUUCCAUAUCAUCGCUUUCGCCUUUGUCUCCCUGCGCGUCUAUGUCCGGCUGUUCAUGGUCAAGGCAUUCGGCAUCGACGAUACGCUUAUCAUCAUUUCUGCUCUUCUUGCGCUUGCUUCAUGGAUCUGCUUAAUCCUUCAGAUACCCUACGGCCUCGGGCGCCAUGGCAUGGUCGUACCGGUGGAAGAUCGGAUAAAGUUCGAAAAGAUAACUUUCUGGAAAACGGUGAUAUCGGACGGCUUUGCCUUGGGCUUUGUUGUAGCGUACUCUAUCCAGGCUAUUACUUGGCUCUUCGUCUACUGCACCCCGUAUUCGGGGUGGUGGGAAUUCCAGUGGAUGAACCCAUUCGACCCAAGAUGUCACGACUUUAAUGUCUUCGUCAAUCUCGUGUAUUGGAAUAUCUCGUGCCAUAUCUUCACGGACGUUUGUCUCGGCGCUCUACCUGUUCCUAUUAUCUGGACCCUAAAGAUGAAACUUCGGGUACGGAUAUACGUAAUUGCUAUUCUCAACCUCGGCUACUUUGCUGUCCUAAUGGGCAUUCUCAAGGCCGUGUUCAUGCUCACAACCGGUGGCGACCCAGACGCCAUCUUCGACUACUGGGUCCAUUUUUGGCAAAACCUACAACUCAACAUUGGUAUCAUCGCCGCGUGUGCCUCGUUUCUCAAGCCUCUCGUCGGACGUUUCCUGAAGAUCAAUAGCUCAGUGGGCUACUACCCCAGCUACGAUCGAUACGGCCAACGCGGGCACAGCCGCACGGGACUCUCCGUGCCUGGUACCAACAGCAAGCGGACAGGCACCAUCGAUCGAAGCCUGGGGGACGAUUUCGAUGCUCCCUCCAAGUAUAACAUUCGUAUUGCGGGGGAAGAAAUCUCUCCGGGGAGCACAAGUGUUCAGGGGACACGCGCCCACGUAGCUUCGGUAGGCAAUUCCUCGACAGAAGCCAUUUAUAUUGGUGGCCAGCCGUCCGAUUCGAAUAGCGAGGAGAUCAUAUUGCAGAACUUGGACAAGGAUCGCGGUAUCAUGUUGACUCGGGACUUCACCGUGAAGUAUAGCGACAAGUAA